UAUUCCAAUCAUUCGAUCAAUCCAUCCAUAGAGAGACAUGAAGAAAGCUCUCUUCAAGCCAAAGCCCAAAACGCCGGUGGAGCUGGUGCGCCAUGCCAGAGAACUCAUCAUCUUCGUCGAAUCCAAAACAUGCACGCGUGAAAGUAAACGCGAAGAGAAGCUAUCAGAGCUAAGCAAAACGAUACUGGAGAUAAGGACGGCUUUGUAUGGAAACGGUGAAUCAGAGCCAAAUCCCGACGCGUGUACUCAGAUCACACGCGAGUUUUUCAGAGAUGAUACGUUUCGGAUUUUCAUCCUCUAUCUGGCAAAACUAAAACUCGGGGCUCGCCAAGAUGCAACGCAUGUAAUUGCAAACUUGCAACGGCAACGAGUUAAUUCGCAACUAAUUGCUUCUCGGUAUCUACAAGAAAACUUGGAUCUUGUGGAUAUGCUCAUUUGCGGUUAUGACAAAGAGGGUGACGUUGCUUUGACGUAUGGCGCGGUUGCAAGGGAGUGCAUACGCCACCAGACUGUAGCGAAACAUGUGUUGGAAUCAGAUAACAUGAAGAAGUUCUUUGAGUACAUUCAACUACCAAAUUUUGAGAUAGCAUCCGAUGCUGUUUCAACUUUUAAA